GAGCAGACCAGCUGAGCCUCACUGCUCUCAGUCUCUCUUCAGCGUUGUUACAGAACAGCUUUCCUCAUUCUUGCUCUGAGGCACUCGGUACACAACAGAUACACUCGCUUGUUUGCCGUCGGUGGGGGCAGUGAGCCCCUCAGACAAACUGGGACCAUGCUGCCCUGGAAGAGAAGCAAGUUUGUGUUAGUGGAGGAUGAUGCCAAGAGCAAAGCGAAGAGUCUGAGUGCUGGUCUCACCUACCACUCACUGUUGUCCUCGCUGCUGAGGUCGUGCCCUGACCUAGUGCCUGACUGUCCCUUCCACUGGCUCGCAGGGGUUUUCCACAGCAAGCGUCAGAAAGUGGAACUGAACAAAGAGGAGCCUAUUUACAGUGUCCGCUACCUGGGAAGUGUAGUGACAGUAGUGGCCAAAGGUGAGGGCUGCACGCAUGAUGCCGUCGCCAAGAUUUGGGCAUCCAGCAACUAUGGGGAGCAGAGUGCCAAGAUGAAGCUGAGCGUAGGGCCACAUGGCAUACGCAUGGGUUGCCGCAGGAAACCCCCUCACCUCUACACUCUUAACCGUAUCACCUAUUGCACAACAGACCCCUACCGGCCAAAGAUUUUGGCAUGGAUCUACCGGCACCAGGUCAAGCACAAGGCAGUGGUUCUGCGUUGCCAUGCUGUGCUUUUGGCCAAGGCAGACAAGGCUCAUGACAUUGCUCUCAGCCUAUACCAGAACUCCAUUUCAGCCUUUAGUGAGUUUAAGAGGCUUAAACGGCAGAGUGAUUUCCGGCACUGCAAGCAGGAGCUUCUUGGGGAGGACAUCAUGCCACUUAUGCCCUUACGGAAGCUGAUGAAUGGACAGUGUCACUAUCAGCCACCAGUAGACAAGCCUGGCAAUUCCAACCGCCUGUUCGCCAUCAGUGAGGAGGAUGAGGAGGAGGGUGAAGAAGAGGAAGAAAAGCAGGCAGACAACAAUAAGCAAAAAGCAUCAAAUUCCACUCUACCAAAUCCUCAGCCAGAGGAACCUCCUGAGAGCAAGCUGGGAUACAUAGUUCACGGACUAGACAGCUUUUCUAUCACCAUCAGAGAUGAGGUGCACAUGACGCUCAGCACACUUGUAUGACUGCACAGGGAUAUUGGAGGGUGUACACACUUCUCUUCAGAUAUUUCUCUCUGUCUUUCUCCUCAGAGCUCUAUGAUUCCUGCAGAGCGUGAUCCGGUCCACCAUCAGCAAGUUUUAAAUGCUGAGUUGCUGCUGGCUCGCCUCGUGAGCACUUUCUGUAUGGAUGUUUAAUAAAGUGGAACUUUGUGAAUAAAGACAAAAGCACAACGUGAGCGCGCUCCCCACUCUGCAAAGCAAGCCAGUAAGGACAAAAAAACGGAAGGAGCUCAGUCCUUUUAAACUACAAUCAAACAAGGAGAAAACAGAGACCUUCAACAAGCCUUUGUGUUCUUUUCAUGUGAUUGCAUGAAAGUACAUACUUUUCUCAGACUUUCUGGAUCAUUUUGGAAAUCGAUUAUUUAUGUAAUAUGUUCAUUUCUUUUUUCUACGUAACCAUCUCCCUCUUCUAUGUAACUUUCCUUUCUGGCCAAAACCUCUGUGACAGCAAUGAGCAUCAAGAGCAAGGUAGCAGCACUAAUGAAUUAAUCCAUGAUUUAGGAUAUCAGCCAUUGAUUUGACGGGUUUACAGCUGCUGCACAUUACAGCGCCAGAAUCAUUUACCGUAUGACCAAAGGAGAUGCCAUGGCAUUUAAGGCAGGAUGUUUAAAAUGUUUCGCAAUUUUACCGUCCCUGGUUUUUGCACUGUGACAUGUCUGGGACCAAUAUGAGGAAAAUACAAACAUAGUCUAUGUUCCUUUCUACACAUUUAAUAUCAGCUUGAUCUGAUAAACAGGUAAAUAAGCUUUACUGCUUUAUAAGGUAAUUCAUUAUUCAAAAUAUUAUGCCUAUAAAAGAAAAAAAAAAACACUGUCUUAUAUUCGUAAACACGUUUCUAUCUAACAGUACCUUUGUGAUAAUAAUGGUGUAUUAGACAUUUCGCAAGCUUCGUUCCAAUUGCACUAAUUAACAUGGAAUUACAAUAAAAUUAAAACAAAAACAUUUUUGGAUAUGAA